AUGGCAGAGGUGGAGGAUCCUCUCCAUCCCCCAUGUGACAUUGGGAUUGUUAUCGAUGGCGUUGAAGUCCUCAGUGAGUUGCCGUCGCUCACACAUGGUUGUGCCAUGUUAUUUGGCCUCAUCUAUGCUCUAAACCUGAGCUAUCCACUGUUUGGUUCAGACCUGGCAUUUCCUCGGAUCUUUGACUGGACCUAUGCUUAUUAUUAUGAAGCUCUGGAAUCCAGGCCUCCCAGGGACAGGAAGUGUCAGACUCAGGGGGGUGGCGUGCUGCUUGAAUGGGAGCGUUUGCUCUUGGAGUCGGAGUUCCUCGGUGCUGGGUUGAUCCCAGCUGGAGCAGCCGAACAGGAGUGGCAUUUCACUUCUUCUUCCCAUGGCCUCAGCAGAUGAGGUAGCAGUUUUCUGUUUUUCUUCUUGCUCACUUGGAAGGAGCAAAUGACCAGCAAGAACUCAAUUAGCAAUAUGUCCCUAUCUGCUGGGGGUCCGACUUGCUUCUUGAAAUCCUGCAUCAGAGAUCAAGCUGGCCUAAGUGAAGUGACAGCAAGUGAGAGAAAAGGGUGCAGGAUGUACAGCUUUAUGGGUGGAGGGUUGUUUUGUGCAGGCGUGGGGAACAUCCUCCUGAUCGUUUCCACAGCAACCGAUUACUGGAUGCAGUAUCGGCAGUCGGGCAACUACAUGCACCAGGGCCUGUGGCGCUACUGUAUGCCAGGGAAAUGUUUUCCACACAGUGACAGCAUUGCCCACUUGGAUGCCACCCGUGCCCUCAUGAUCCUCUCUCUUUUGCUCUGUUUCAUUGGCAUCAUCAUCGGCAUUAUGGCAUUCAUCCAUUACUCCUCCUUCGACAGGUUUGACAAAACCUUUGCCGCAGGCAUAUUGUUUUUCAUCUCAUGCUUUUUAGUGUUUCUAGCAAUGGCAGUGUACACUGGUGUGACUAUUAACUACUAUGGGAAACGCUAUGGUAACUGGAGGUUCUCCUGGUCCUAUAUCAUUGGCUGGGUGUCAGUGGUGCUCACCUUCUUUUCAGGUAUAUUCUAUUUGUGUGCCUAUCGGAUGCAUGAAUGCCCCAGGAGCACAAACUCUCAUUAGAAGACUUAAAAGUUCAUCGAGACAUAAACAGCGGAUUGUGACCACGAGCGCUGCGCCGAUGCCGUGGGUAGAUCCUCA